AGCCAAAACUUUACAAAAUGGAGGACCAAGACCUGGCAGGACCCACACAACCUGAGAAGAGAUUGGAAGAGGUAGGAAGAGGCCAUGAUGUCACCUGCGUAGAGAGCAGCGUGAAGCUUGUGGCUAAGGCAACUCUACCACUUGUGAAACAGGAGCUAGCAGAAAGGCUCCAACAGGGCUGGGAAGGCCAGAGGUCAGAUUUCUUGAGUGCCCCGCCAUCUCCCCAUCCAAGAUGGAAGAAUCAAAUAUCCAAGUCAGGGCCUAGCAGUCAAGAAGGAGUGGCUGAGGGUUACCAGUGGCCUAGAAAAGAAUAUGCGACUCAAACUGGGGCAGGCUUCUGUGACAAAGCCCACAAGGCCUAUGCAAGCCUGAACUUUCCUGUGAAAGUGAAGGAGGAGAUUCUGGAGGAGGACAGCCUUGAUUCGGAGAGGCAGCGCCAGCGGUUCAGACGGUUCUGCUACCACCAGGCUGAGGGCCCUCGAGAGGCCGCCAGCCAACUCUGGGAGCUCUGCCACCAGUGGCUGCAGCCGGAGCGACACACCAAGGAGCAGAUCCUGGAGCUGCUGAUUCUGGAGCAGUUCUUGAACAUCCUGCCCCUGGAGAUCCAGAGUUGGGUCUGGGAAAGCAGUCCCGAGACCUGUUCUGAGGCAGUGGCCCUGGCUGAGGACUUCUUAGCAAGACAACCAGAGGGACACCCGCCGAGCUCGCCAGAGAGAGACCAAGGACGUGAAAACUGCCGGUCUCCUUGGAAUAUGGCAGGGUCUUUGGGAGAUGUGCCCGCUAACCGCCCAAUCUCAGAAGAGCUGCUGCCUGAAGACCCAGUGAAGGUGCAACUAGCCAGCGGUGGCAAGCAGAAGAGUGAUAAGGAAGCCUUCUUGUUGGGUAAUGAUGAAACGAAGGCAAAAGAAGAUGGAAUCCUUCAGCUGGAAACCCCUUUGGCCAAAGGGACGCUCUUCCCAUUCCAGGAUGAGCAAGAGGCUGAGCCUGGGAAUCCGCGGGAGCUACAGAGCUUCCAGGAAGACCUUCCCAAGAAGGCCGUGCUUGGCCAAGAAGGCGAUGGAAGCAUUGUAAAAGAAGACCGAGCCCAGAAUAAGAGCAAAAGGAAAUGCACAGAGUGCGGACACCUCUGCGAGGUUGAUGACCUUCCUCCCAAUCAGAAAAUGGACCCCGACGAAUUUUACAUCUGCCCCCGAUGUGGGAAGACCUUCAAGAACAGAGCGCCCCUUGCAUCUGGCCAAGGCACUGGAGCUGGAGCCAAACCCUAUCCGUGCUCCGAGUGCGGCAAAAGCUUUGGCACAAAGGCGGCUGUCCUGAAGCACAAAGCGACCCACACGGGAGAGAAGCCCUACGUGUGCUCCGAAUGCGGGAAGUGCUUCACGACCAGCUCCAACCUGAUCUACCAUAACAUUGUCCACACGGGGGAGAAGCCGCACAAGUGUGCUGACUGCGGCAAGGGCUUCCACUGGAAGUCGUCCUUGAUUACCCACGAGAGGACCCACACGGGGGAGAAGCCGUACGAGUGUCCCGAGUGCGGGAAAAGCUUUGGAAACAGCUCCCAGCUGCUGAGGCACAAGAGGGUGCACACAGGUGAGAAGCCGUACCAUUGCUCCGAGUGUGGCCGGAGCUUCAACCAGAUAGCCUCUCUCAUUGCACACAAGCGAAUCCACACGGGGGAGAAACCGUAUGAGUGCUCCGAGUGCGGGAAAGGUUUUGGCACUCGAACCAACCUGAUGAUGCACAGAAGGGUUCACACGGGAGAGAGACCGUAUAAAUGCUCCUACUGUGGACAGAGCUUCAGCCAGAGAACUCACCUCAUCAUCCAUGAGAGGACUCACACGGGAGAGAAGCCCUACACGUGCUCCGAGUGUGGGAAAAGCUUCAAUGCUAAAGCACCCCUGAUUACACACAAGAGGAUCCACACCGGGGAGAACCUUUAUCAGUGCUUCCAGUGUGGGAAAAGCUUCAGUACCAGCUCUAAUCUCCUGAACCACAACAUCAUCCACACAGGGGAAAAGCCCCAUAAGUGCUUGGACUGCGGCAAAUGCUUCAAUCGGAAAUCGUCCCUUAUUACCCACCAGAGGACCCACACUGGGGAGAAACCCUACGGCUGCUUUGAGUGCGGGAAGUGUUUCAUUUCGAGCUCAGAUCUCACCAAACAUAAAAAAGUUCACAGGGGGAAGCGGGCAGGCUGUCCCGAAAGUUUCGUGUAUAGCCCAGCACUUGCAGAAUCAGAGAGCGUGCGUCCAGGACAACCUUCUUUGUUUUUUUAUUAUUAUCUUGGGGGGGAAAGGAGUGGGAUGGUGCAGACUGCAGGGAAGAGGAGCUGCAAGGGGGGGAGUUUAAAGAGCCUUCAGGCCAUGGGAGGGGAAAAAACUGCCCUUUGUAUGCGUCUCCAUCCCGGGUGCCAUGGAGGGGGUCACCGAUUCCUGAAAGUUGGGACGCGGCGGCGGAGAGGCGCAAUGCAAAGGCUGCAGAGGGAAGUUCAGAUUGUCCAGCCAGCAACUAAAAUGGCAUCGUGUGACCUGUGGGGGGCAAAGCCCCGCGUGAACCAAGUGGAAAGAAACUCUUGUGUUCUCCGAAGGGAAACGGCCAGGAAUCUCCUGACGGGGGCUGCUCUGCUGCAGAGCAAGCAGGGACUGGACACAGGUCUGCAGGAGAGCCAGAAGACUCAGCGGCAGAAAGAAGGGUUGGCGGCGGUGCCGUCUCUCUAUUCCGUGUGGAGGCCUUCGCGGUUGUUUGAGCCGGUAUCUGAGGAGGAUAUGAUGGCGUUCAAGGCUUCGUAUCGGAUGAUGAAACAGCCCAACCAGUUGAUCAGGGAAGGGCGUGCAAUGGGGAGGCCUACCUUGCAGGGCCUCAGCAGGGAAACCCAGAAAGCCUGUGAGAACUUGACAAGUUCAGGGCCUUUGAAAGAACAGACCUUGGCUGAGGUGAACAUUGACAGCUUGGAGAUAAAGCGCCAACAUUUCCGGCAUUUCUGCUACCAGGAGAUCGAGGGCCCCCGAGCAGUCUUGAACGAACUCCAGGAGCUUUGUCGCCAGUGGCUUCUGCCAGAGAGGCGCACCAAGGAACAGAUUGUGGAUCUGGUGAUCCUGGAGCAGUUCCUGACCAUCCUGCCACUGGAGAUGCAGAUCUGGGUCUGCAAAAGUGGUCCCGCCACAUGUUCUCAGGCCUUGGCUCUAGCAGAAAAAUUCCUCCUUCGGCUGCAAGAAGCUGAGUCUUGUGAACAAAAGGUGCCUGGACUACUAGAGGAGGAAUUUGUGAAUUCCCCCACAUCUGAGCAUGAUCCCUCAGACACUGUGGAAAGCUGUAUCUCCACAGAUGCAGAAGAGGAGGAGGAGGAAGAGGAAGCCAUCUUGGAAUCUAAGGACACCCAGAAGCAAGACGCCCUUCUGCUAGGAAUAUCCGAGCCAAUGGAAUGGGGAAUCCCCUUAGAAAAAAUCACAGGAAAGCUGAUCUGUGAUCCUGAGCUCGAAGAGAUUCGUGGCAGUCGCCAGGAACGCUAUCCAAGGAAGAGUGCAAAACAGGCUCGCUGUUCGGCUGAAAGUGAGAAAAGUCUCCACGAAUGGAGCUCUCAAGAGGGACCCGUCGGUCAGAAGAAGAAGACGACGACCAAGGCCGGUGCUGAAAACGGCCUGGGUCUGAGCUUGGGUUCCCUUAAGAAUCGGAAGGUACAGACUGAGAAAACGCAGCGGUGCACCCCUUGCGGGGAACGCUUUUACAAAAGGUCUGGCUCGGGGACGCAGGAGAAAGCUGGCGCUGGAGAACAGCCGUAUAAAGGCUGGCCGCGUGGGAGCGGCUUGCCCAAGCGUAGCCUCGCCCUGAGACGGGAUGAAGAGGGCCCUGAAAACCGAGAGGUGAUCUGCAGGUGUAAGGCUAAGAGGAGAAGCCCGGAGGGCAGACAUUUGCCUCAGCCAAGCUCAGCCAAUUUGGGAGCGCAGAAGAGAGGAAAAACACCCAAAGGCACAGCCUGCCAGGACAGACUCCCCUGGGAGUCUCCUUUUCCGAGUCUUGAAAAAACUGAUCCGGGAGGAAAACCGCACCAGUGCGUUGAGUGUGGCAAGAGUUUUAGCCAGAAGGGCAACCUCAACAUUCACAAGAAAUCCCACACGGGGGAGAAGCCAUACCCUUGCUUGGAGUGCGGGAAGCGCUUCGUGACGAACUCUCGGUUGCUGACCCACAAGCGGGUGCACACGGGCGAGAAGCCGUACAACUGUUCGUACUGCGGCAACAACUUCAGCCAGCUGGCGCACCUGGUUCAGCACCAGCGGAGGCACACCGGGGAGAAGCCGUACAGCUGCCCCUAUUGCGGGAAGAGCUUCAGCGUCAAAGCCAACCUGAUCACGCACCAGCGUACCCACACGGGCGAGAAGCCAUACGAGUGCUCCGAGUGCCCCAAAAGCUUCGUUUCCAGCUCUGAUCUUAAAAAACAUAAAAAGGUGCACACCGGACAGGCGUGUACCUGAGUAGACCUAAGAAUGAUCACCGUUAUUCCCCCCUUAUAGUAGGUGGGGACCCCCUUGAGUAUCUUUAGUGCACUGUGAGGAUUAAAAUAAUAAAGGCUCCUUUUUAAAAAAGAAAAAGAUUGAUCCAGCUUGUGCAUCUUACAUCUCU